UGUCAGAUGAAAUACUUCUGAAAUAUUUCUGAAAUGUUUUCGUGCUGUAUGGAUAGUGAUGAAACAGUUGACUGUAGGGCCUACUAUUUCUGGAUUUCUCUCCGAAAAAUAGAAAGCGGAAGGAAUGAACGUUGAAAUAUGUGGGACAUGCUCGUGUCGUCACGUCCGUGACGUCAUCCGUAGCGCGCCUCAUAUCGUUCUUAUAUAUAUAUAUGUUGCUAAGAAAGACUUUUAUCGAGACUUGAAGAAUUGAAGAUCAUUAUAAUAUUAAAAUAAAUUUAAAAAAUUUUAAAUAAUAUUAAAAUAAUGCAACGAAUGAGACAAAUAGAAUGAUAAUCUUUUUUUCAUAUGAAAUGUUUCACGUGUCAGUUGCACCCGCUGCACUUUAUGUUCGCACUAACCCCUGAAAGUUUCACGGAUAAACGACGCUCGGUGGAACUCACGAAUUGCAGAAAACUAAGUAACGCGACAUAUGACGCGUUAGUUAACAAUUUUAUAACAAUUUAGGAUCGUAACGUUUUAUUUGAUAAGAAAGAAUUGUAAUUCCUUUUGCUGAUUUUAAACGUAAUGAAGUUAAGUCCCACGCGGCGUAUCGCACGUGUCACUUUGAACGCUGAACGUUUGAAGUUGGCAGCUCUGUAGGCGGCAAAUGGCUGUAUUAAACGCAAAUCGCGGCCGCGUUUUUUUAUAGCUUCAUCUCUUCUCAUUAUCUACAUUGCAAGCGAGUUAAAGAAUCCACAAUUCAGCGCGCUACUUCAGUUUGCCGUCAUGGAGGAAACUUUCUAUCAAAAAACGAUCGCGCAGGUUAACAAGGCGCAGAUAAUACUGCAGACUCGGCUCGAGCAAGUGUCGAAGCUGAAGAUCGAUUGCGCCAAACUGCAGCUGGAACUGUUGAAGCUCUACAAGCCGGAGUGCCUGAAGAUACUGGAAGAGCUGCGAGACAUCUCCGCGUCUGCCGAUUCCGCCGACGAGAGUGGCAACGGCGAUGGCGAUGGCGAUGAUGGCCAGUCGCGCAAUAAUCGCGAGGUAGACAAUGAAGAUAGAUCGAAGGGUAGCAAAGAAUGAAAACAUAUCAAGGAAAGCGAUAAGAAAGAAGAAGAAGGAGGACUUAAUGGAACUGCGUAAGACAAAAUCAGAAGUUGUCAGUAAUUUCCAAUCUCAUAUUUAUGUAAAUAUCUUGCGCAUAUAAAUAGAAAUUAUAAAAUGUGAUUAAAACAGAAUAUAUUAAUUUAAACGUAAUUGUAAGGGAGGACAGAAUUGUUAAUUAGAAGAAGAAUUUUGGGUUUAAUAAAAUGAUAUAAAAU